AUGAGUGCAUCGACGUUUGCGGAGAGCUCCGUUCCUCGCUCGGAUUCCCAGAGGUUUGUCCACUGCCUUCUUCCAUGUUUCACUGAAAGAAAGAUCCUUGCCCUCGAGCCCAUCCUUGCUCGCGUUAUCAAGCCUGCUACAGAUCUGACAAUGCUCUCCAACACUAGCUCUGACUUCGAGUUGAUUGUUCGCCAACAACCGGAGAGGGCGCGGGUCGCCGGAGGCAAAGAGAAAGAGCGCAAGCCAGUUGACCCCCCGCCUGUCAUCCAGCUCAAAGUUCGCGAGGAGAACACAUAUCUUGCCCAACACUAUCUACAAAGCCCCUAUUACUUUAUGUGUUGUAGUUUAUACCAUGCUACCGAGGAUCAUCCUGUGCACUACAACCAACCCUCUACUGCUUUAGCAGGCACACUCGUCUCCUCUCUGCAUCGCUUGAAAGAUACCGACAACGCCGAUGGAGGAUUUUUCGUGUUUGGAGACUUGUCCAUCAAAAUUGAGGGCGAGUAUCGACUUCAAUUCACGUUAUUUGAGAUGCAGAAGUAUAAAAGAGCCCUGGUACAACGUGAUUUCUGUGGUGAGACUGACAAGAUUUCGAUUAGGGACAAUGUCGUCGCUCUCAAGUCGAUUCUUUCCAAUCCAUUCGCAGUUAUGCCCCCAAAGAAUUUCCCUGGGAUGGCAGAAUCUACACAUCUUUCUCGCUCCUUUGCAGAUCAAGGAGUAAAGUUGAGAAUUCGGAAAGAGGCUCGGAAUUUAAUGUUAGUCCCAAACCCUUGCAGAUCUGCAGAGCCAAUCGUUGAGCAAAACUCUAGGAAACGUGGAGGAGCCCGACCUGAGGAGUAUGCUCCUAGUCUACCGCGGUCCCCUGAGCGCACUACUAUGCCGCAGAUGGUUCCGAACACUUUUGCCGGCUAUCCUCAACAUAGCUAUUAUACCCCAGGUCCAGCUCCAGCUCCCAAGCGUGUACGCACCUCAGUGGAUAUGGAUGCAAGAACGGUUUAUGAAUCCGAGGCACGUUACGCCCCGCCGUAUCCCCAAUCAAUGUAUCCGAGCCAGCCGGCUGGCUACCAAAAUCCAAUUGGAUUUGGUUAUUCAACUGGGCAGACAGGACUACCAGAAUAUAGCAUUCGACAACCACAAUCUAUGACGGGUGCAGGCACUUCAUACGGCAACCCUGAAGAUCCCAUGCUGGCCAUGAGAUCGCCGAGCGGAGCCGGUUAUAUGAAUCCACAGCGGUAUCCGGCUUAUACCGGGGCACAACAGCUUUCGUAUGGCCUUCCUUCUCAGCAAAUGCCACAGCUUUCAGAUUCUCAACGAAAUCCGCAGGCAACUUUACAGCCCCUUGUCACAGGCCAGACUGUGAAUCAGCAAACCACUGUAUGA